AUGUCCAGCUCCGGCCCGUCCUCUAUCCCAUAUACCGUCCCCCUGCCCGGUGGUAUCCCCUCGACUCACACACACCACACCGAGUCCACAACGACCAUCCUCGUCCCAAAGGCCAAUACGGCCUUUCUCAAUCCUGUCCAGCAGUACAAUCGGGAUCUGUCGAUUGCGGUCAUUAGGGCGUGGAAUGAGAUGCGGAAAGAGGAGGCGGAGGAGAAGUGGAAGAAGAGGAUAGAGGCCAAGCCGGAGGCGGUGGCUAGGAAGAAGGAGAAGGCGAGGAAGAGGAAGGAGGCCAAGGCGGCGAAGGGAGGAGAGGGUAGUGGAGCUGCGGCCGGGACUGGACCUGAAGCGCGGGAUCAUGCAGAGGUGAUAGAUCAACCUGAAGCUGGACCUUCAGAACCGGCGGAAUUCCGAGCGCAGCAAUUCACCAUCCUCGAAGCUCUCUCAGCCACCGGUCUGCGGUCUAUCCGCUAUGCCAAAGAGAUCCCAGAUGUCAAAUACGUCCUCGCUAAUGAUAUAUCACCCUCAGCGUGCGAGGCCAUGCGCCAGAACGUCGCCUUCAAUGGCGUCGGCGAGAGCGUGUACCGGCGGAAACCGGUUGUUCCGAGUGCGGAGGGAUCUGUCCCUGGCCCGAGCGCCGGAGCGCAAGCCGGAAGCGGGGAGGCUGCGCUAGGGGAGCUGAAGACGGUAGAGGAGAUACAGGAGGAAAUGAUUAGGGUGGGGCGGAGGGACGGAGCAAGGGGACGGGUGAUCGUUAAUGAGGGGGAUGCUUGCUCUUUGAUGUACGCUCGUCGAGCGCCAGUAGCACGAUGCGACGUGGUCGACUUGGAUCCAUACGGUACCGCCGCGCCCUUCGUGGACGCCGCAAUAGGGUGUAUAGCCGACGGCGGGCUGCUCUGCGUGACAUGCACAGAUCUGGCCGUCCUCGCAGGGAGUCAGUAUCCAGAGAAAUGCUUCUCCAACUAUGGCGGAACGUGCGUCGCCGCUGAAUACUCACACGAAGUCGCCCUCCGGCUCGUCAUGUCCGGUCUCGCACAAGCGGCCGCGCGGUAUGGCCGAUACAUCACCCCCCUCCUCAGCUUCAGUAUCGACUAUUACCUCCGAGUAUUCGUACGGGUGGAUACACAACCACUCAAAGUGAAAUCACUGAGCAGCCAAAUCGGAACGAUCUACGUCUGUCGAUACUGCCAAGCACCUACACCUCAGCCUUUUGGGCGGAUAGUCGACCGUGAAGAGAAGAGCGGCAAGACGACUAGAUUGUACAGGACCGCUCCGGGCCCGACUAUCCCUGGAGGGGGAUGUGAGCUCUGCGGACAGCCAACACAUCUUGGCGGGCCGAUGUGGCUCGGACCAUUACAAGAUAAGGCCUUUGCGGAGCGGGUACUGCGAAGUACAGCGGGGCAAGAAGCGGAGUACAAGACAUGGCCGAGGAUACAGGGUAUGGUGACUAUGGCGCGAGAUGAAAUAGAUGAGCUCUUCUACUUCACCCCCAACAAGAUCCACGGGCUAUUCCACGCUUCCUCCGGACCUUCAUCGUAUAUCAUCUCUGCUCUGCUCAAUGCGGGCUAUACCGUCUCGCGCUCGCACGCCUCGCAGGGGAGUAUCAAGACCAAUGGUCCCAGAUCGUUUGUGUAUGAUUGCGUGAGGGAGUUUAUCAAGACGAAUCCGGUGAGGAUGGAUAAGAUUGCAGAGGGGAGUCCGGCGAGGGAGUUGUUGUCGAGAGAGAUGACACAUACGGUCGACCUCACCCCUCACCCCGAGGCCAAACGGUUCGAACGCUCUGACUCGAAAUUGGUGCGGUAUCAGACCAACCCGGAGGCGAAUUGGGGCCCGGCGCCGAGGGCGAAGCAGGUGCCUAAUAGUGCGAAGAGCCAGGUGGCGGCGGCGGUGGGGAAACGCAAGGCGGAUGGGGCUGGAGGGGAGGGGGAAGGGGCAAGCAAGGGGAAAGGGGCGAAGCGGGUCAAGGAGGACGAGGGGGUUGCUGGAGGCGCAAAGGUGGAUGGUGUGGUGAUAGAGGAGGAAGAGAGUGGGGAUGUGAAGAUGCAGGAAGGAGGAGAUGCUGCGGACGCUGAAGAGGAAGCAGCACUCAACGCUUGA